AUGCGCUUCUCGGCGCUUCGGGAACGUGUCUUCCGGCUGAAACAUUUGCCAGCCGGAGAGUUAUCCACUCCACUUAGAAGAUGCUUGAGCACUUUCGAUAUCACACUUCUUGGAGUGGGACAUAUGAUUGGUGCUGGAAUUUAUGUUCUGACUGGAUCGGUUGUGAGGAAUACUGCGGGACCUUCGAUUGUGUUGUCCUUUUUAUUAGCAGGUUUCGCAUCUCUGCUCUCUGCACUCUGCUAUGCUGAAUUUGGAGCUCGUUUCCCAAAAGCUGGUAGUGCUUACACAUAUGGUUAUGUUGGAGUGGGAGAGCUCUGGGCUUUUGUCAUAGGAUGGAAUAUUGUUCUGGAACAUAUGCUGGGUGCCGCUGCAGUGGCUCGUUCAUGGUCAGGAUAUUUGGAUUCGCUGCUUGGAAAUGUCAUUUCUAACUCGACUAUUGCAAGAACUGGGCAUCUUCAUGAGGCAUCUUCAUUCUUUGGUGACUACCCAGACCUUUUGGCUUUUCUUCUAAUUGUUCUCGUUGCCUUCUUUGUUGCCUUGGGUUCAAAAGUGUCUACCAACUUCAAUUCGUUUUUAACUAUCCUCAACAUUGGUGUAGUUGUGAUUGUUGUUUUUUAUGGUAUCACUUUUGCUGACUUCUCUCUUUGGAGUGGUGUCGACGACAAAGGAAACUCGAAGUUCUUUCCGUAUGGAGUAUCUGGAAUGUUCGCUGGAGCUGCGUCUUGCUUCUUCGCUUACAUUGGUUUUGAUGGACUUGCGACUGCCGGAGAAGAAGCUAAAGAACCGGCAAAGUCUAUCCCAAUUGCAACAUUUUCUUCGAUGACCAUUGUCACCCUAUCUUAUGUUCUCAUGUCUGCCUCUCUCACUCUCAUGAUUCCAUACAACAUGGUUCAUCCAACAGCAGCUUUUUCUGAUGCAUUCACAAUGCGAGGAGCUGAAUUCGCAAGUUAUGCAGUUUCUUUAGGAGCUCUUUUUGGAAUGACCACAAGUUUGGUUGGAGGAAUGUUCGCUUUACCAAGAUGUGUAUUUGCAAUGGCUGAUGAUGGACUUCUCUUCAGUUCUCUGGCUUCUGUAAACUCAAAAACUCAAGUUCCUAUUCAAGCAUUACUUGUUUUUGGAUUUCUCACUGCUAUCAUCGCGUUGCUGUUCGAUAUAACUACUUUGGUAAGAUCCUUGGUUCUCAUUAUAGUAAAAUUGAACCGAUCUCAGGUCGAGUUCCUAUCAAUCGGUACUCUGUUGGCUUAUUCGAUUGUCUCCGCGUGUGUGAUUAUUCUCCGGUACCAACCAGCCUAUAAUGUAGAUGAAGGUCAAUUCGAUAACGGAGGAAAACUUCGAUUCAGUAUUCCAUUUUGUAAAUUCCUUGAUCAACUUCAACCAGGGCACUCCAUCUACUAUGGAAUGAGUGUGAUGAUUACGUCCAUGUUCUUAUCUGGUCUUGGAUUCAGUUCCGGAUAUUUCAACGGACCUUACUUAUGCCAGGCUUUCCUUUUGAUCAAUGUCAUUCUAGUAAUUCUUUCCUUCCUCUUCAUCUGUGCUCACUAUCCAAAUAACACUCCAUUGGACUUUAAAUCCACAUUUUUACCUAUGGGCCCCCCCCCCCCUUGUCAUAAAGAGCCGGUUCCUCUGGUUCCUCUAAUCCCCGCUCUGUCCCUGCUCAUCAACACAUUGAUGAUGGUCCAUUUAGCAUGGAUCACAUGGGUUCGUCUUGCAGUUUGGAUGGGUGUUGGUUUUGCUAUCUACUUUGGAUAUGGUAUUCACCAUAGCAAGGAGGAGAUUCAGGAUUCGGAGAGAUUCACAAAAAGUUCUACUUAUGAGUCGGUGGUCUCUGGAGUUGUAGCAGGUGCCACAUCGCCCUGA